AAAAUAAUAUGCUUGAUUUUAUCAAAGAAAAGAAUGAUAUUAUCAUUACUAAAUAAGAAUCAAUGAAUUCAGUUAACUAAAGUAGUGAAUCUAGUCCUAAAAACUUAUUAGGGAACCACAAGAAAUAAAGGUUUCCAACUAUCUCUAAUGCCCAACUAAAAUCUGCCAUUGAAUCUAAUUAUUUAGAACCUGAUCAAAAACAUUAAAUCAUUAGAAAUCCUAAUUCAUUAACUGUUUUUCAAAUGCAUUUUGAUAUAAACUCUCCUCGAACUUAAGCUGCUAUGGAAAUGCUUAAAAUAGAAGCAGAUGAUCUUUAAUUACAAGAAUAUGCAGAUUUCUAUUAACAUUAAUAAAAUCCUCUUUAGAACCUUAUUAAAUAUUUACUAUAUAUAACUAACAAAUAUUAAAUACUCAAUGACCUUUUAAAAAGAAGAAAUCAGAUCAAGCACAUUUAAUCUGAAUUUACAAAACAAAUAAAUUCCAAAAAUAUUAAGUUUAAGGAUGAAUCUAUUAUUGUUGAUUAAUCAGAAUCUAAAAAAACAUAAAGAGAUGAUCCAUAAACAUCUGUUAUUCUUAGUGCCAAUUAAAGGAAAGAGUUAUUCGAUAAAAAAAUCAAUAAAGAAUCUGAUAAUUAUAAUAAGUAAUAUAUCAUAAUAUAUUAUUCUAGAUUUCUUAAUAUUGUUUAGGAUUAAAUUACUAAGUAGGAGGAAUAUUAUAGUAAGACAGCUCCAGAAAUUUAUUAAAAAGCAGAAUAACUUAAAUUAAAAUAAUUAGAAUAAAUUAAAAAAAAAUUGAAAAGAAAGAAUUUAAAAGUAGAUUAAAUAUGUUAAAAAAAUAAACAUGAAGAAUAAAUUCAAUAUAGAGAACACAAGAAAAUUGUAUAAAAAUUAGAAAAAGAUCUCGAUUUACAUUUUGAAAGAAAAUAAAAAUAACUUUUGUAAUCUUAAGAAGAAUUAGUUGAACAAUUAAAAAAAAGAGAAGAAAAAGAAAAAGAUAGAUAAUUAAAAAGAUAAUUAUAAAUAAGUUAAGAGUAAAGUAUGAUUGAACAAGUAAUGGAUACAAUGAAAAAGAAAUCAGAUUAUUUAAAUGACUAUUUAAAUAGGAAAUAAGUGGAAGAUAAAAGAAAAUAACAAUAAAGUUUAAAGAUGUUUGAAGAAAAGUAAAAAAAAUUAUAAGAAUCUUAUACUCAAAAAGAAAAUUAAAAUGUGUAAAUGUAUCUAAGUAAAUCAACUUAAAGACAAGUAUUAAUUAAAUUUAAAUAUUAUUUAGAUUUAAUUAAAUAAACAUGAAAUUUCAUAGAUCAAAUAAUAAAAAAAUCUAUCUAUGAAGAAUAGUAAAAUAAUGAAGAAAUAUGAAUAAUUUUAAGAAUCUUUAGAUCAAAAAAGAUCUGAUUCUCUUAUAUCGAAACUUUAAGAAGCAGAUGAUAAACUUGAAAAUGGUUUAAAGAGGUAUUUUAUUAUUUAAAAGAUAUUUUAGACAUUAAUCUUUGUUAGAUUUAAAAAAAUAAAAUCUAAGUGAAAAAAAUGAAUAUCGUUUUAAAUUAGCAAAAUAAAAAUAAAUGGAAAAUAUGUUAGAGAAAAUACAUAAGUAAAAUAAGAUUUUAGAAAAAAAUCUAGAGAUUUCAUAAAAAAAUGAUAAAAACAAAUAAGAAUUAGAAUAUUUAGAGAAAUAUAAAAAAGAAAAAAUGUAAGACAAAUUAAUAUAAAGAAACUAAUUGAUUUAGAAAUUAUAAUCUUGA